AUGGCUUCUUCGCAGGUCGAGUUUUCUUCCUCCUCCUCGCCCUUCCGCUGCGUGCACAGAAGAGACCGUAACCGCCGAGACGCCAAUGUCGCUGCCACCCAUGCUGCUCGUUUUCGCAGCAACCUCAAGAGUUUGGUCAUGGAUCGCCUCAACGAUUGCAUUUCAAUCACCCCAAAUCAAAAUCACAAUCCCGCUCCCAGCCGAUGUGCUGCCAAACAGCUUCAACGAGCCUUAUCUACCAUUGCCUCUCAACACACUUCCGCAAAAGCCCCACAGACACCAACGCCUCCUGCUCCUCCUGAAACGGACGAGGGAACCUCUAAACUUGGAGCAUCUUCUCUGGUUCAGAUAUGGGAGAAGAGGCUAAAUGUUUCCUCCAACGUCAGUUUGAAUGCGAAUACAAACGCCAACAGCAAGCAAGCUGUGGAAUUAGAGAAUACCACGGAUACGGAGCAAGCGUGCUCUGUGGGAGCAGCAGGGGAUUUCGAGGACGAGAGUUUCGAUGCAGGGCCCGUGAGCGAGGACGGCUUUGCAGAUUGGCAUUCCAGCAGAACAACGUCCAGUUCUCCACCCUCUUCCAGGCAAAGCCAUAGUUCGGACGCUGGAGAAAGCGAGAAGGUGCGCGUGGUUGAUAUCAUCAGGAGAUUGACACUCACGGCUGCGAAACCUACCCAUCCAUCUUGUGUCGAAGACAACGACCACUCAAAUGAAUCCUCCUCGCGUUCCGCUCUGAUUCUCAGAGAGCGAGUAGAGCGCAAAUGUCUUUCUCGUAUAUUACGCUCUCCCCGGAUCAGAGGACGCCAGGCCUUCGCCGAUUUACUAUUGCAAAUCCAGCGGGACAGGCAAAAGGAGCUCGACACGUUGGUAGAGCGUCGAGCCGUUUCUAAAUUCCCCCAACGUGGUCGCAUCCAGUCGCUACUUCGGCUUAAAAUCCUGAAACGUGUAAUGGCAUUGGAAGAUGAGCAACAACACCCAAAUCUUGCAAUAAUGCCCCGAGAGAAUCGUAGAUCUUCUACCAUCAUGCAUCUCAGGGAGAAAUUUAGUGGAGUUGGUGCAAGAAGCUCGCUUGCAGAGAUGCUAAACGCUAACGAUGACAAUAAAACCCAAUCAGAUAGAGAUACCCAUGCCGUCGAUACUAGUGAUAACCAUAACGAUAACCAGCAGGUGGUUGCCAAUGCCAUAGAUAGCAGCAUAGACACAGUACGUGUCAAUCCAAUUCAUGCCGUCGGUACUAAUGAUAACGAUAACGAUAACCAGCAGAUCGUUGCCAAUGCCAUCACAGAUAGCAGCAUAGACACAGUACGUGACAAUCCAACUCCUGCCGUUGAUACUAACGAUAACGAUAACCAGCAGGUCGUUGCCAAUGCCAUAGAUAGCAGCAUAGACACAGUACAUGACAACCCAAUUCAUGGAGAUGACAAGGAGAAAAUUGAAGAACAAGGACGUGAACAAGAACUUGAUCCUCCAACUUCGGAGGCCACAUGGCAAGAUACCCCUGAUUUGAAUUUGGAUUCACCAGAUUCAAUCAGUGGAUCGGAAGAUAGAGAAGAGACUUAUGAGAGAACCAGCUACGAUUGGUUUACUGAUAUUUCUCGCCCUCGAAGUUACUGGGAAGGCCGCAGGCAAACUUGGUAUCAACAAAUGCUCGAUUCUACCUCUGCCAACGAUGAAAUACGUCAACUUAUUAAACGGAAAACUGUAUCCAAUUGUUUAUCGAGUGGCUUCCGUGAAAGAAUGGAUAAGCUAAUGGUGUCUCGAUUAGAGCGGCGAACUCGGCAACAAGAAGAAUAUGAUGAGGUCAACGAGGAGGAUAAUGUGGCAGAAGAAGAGCUGUGGUGUUUCUCAGAAGGACGCACUCAACCAAAGAGUAGUGAUAACGAAGAAGAAGAUGAAAGAAGCUUGAUUAGCGGUCAAUCUCCUGAAGGGGGCGAUUAUUUGGAUCAAUCUGUAUCGCCUUUGCAAUUGGCAUCCCCAUCAAUGGUGAGCUCAUUGAGCUACCAGGAUAACGAGAUGGGUGAAGAUUCCAAUAGAGGCGCAUCCAGUUCCUCACCCCAACUUUUUCCACCUCAAUUUUCCUCCAACAACCAACGCUCUUCCCGCGUCUCAACAAACCAUCAUCCUUCCAUUGAAAUGGAAGUGAUAUGCGAUUUAAGAGGGCAUAUGGAGCAAUUGUACCGGGAGAUGUCGGAACUGAGAAAAUCAAUAAAAUGUUGCAUGGACAUGCAACUCAUGCUGCAUCAGUCAAUCAAGCAUGAAGCAGUGGCAGGAGGAGGGAGGAAACCCAGUAAAGAGAGAUCAUCAAGAAAGCGCAAAUGUUGUAUUUGCUACAAUAUGCAGAUUGACUCACUGCUGUAUAGAUGUGGGCAUAUGUGUUGCUGUAUGAAAUGUGCAAAGGAAUUGCAAUGGCGAGGGGGAAAGUGUCCAGUUUGCGGAGCUCCGAUAGAGGACGUCGUGCGGGCCUCUUUUACUGCACAUUCAUAGGAAGGAUUAGCAGCUUUCGAUGAACGAGUUCUUGCUUCAGAGGACCGUCUUCAUUCUUCAUCAUUUUAUUUUAUUUUAUUUUUUUUUCUUCUCGCCAACCACCGCUUCCCCCGUGCAUGCAUUAUCAUUUAUCACUGCUCUCUACGACUACCUUCAACCCAACAACAAACCCUUCUCUUUUUUUCUUUUUUUCCCCUUUCUCUUUUGGGUUUUGUUCUUUUCUUUAUCCAAAAUGCACAUACCAUCUUGUAUGCUUUGUAACUAGUCAUUUUGUAUUUUACCUUCUACUGUGAAUAUUGUACGUGUGUAAGUUAUUUGGAGGAGAAAUAUUGUAAUACCAG